UGUAAUAUUUGAGUGUUAUCGAUAUGCAUUAAUCUUAAGUCAGUUUACGCAUAAUAUGUUGUUCACAUGUUCCUUGCAGUAAAUCCGUCUUUUAAGCUAAGUUUAGAUAAAUCCGAAAUCUAUUCGAGAAUGAUGUGCAAUGGGCCAGUAAAAACGAGGGCUAAAACGCAUUUCGACCAGGAGGAAAGCCAGAUUGAGAGGCAGAUGUAGUGAAGGGAAGGAAAUGAUAACCUGAUUAAGUCGAUGGAUGUAUGAUAGCCAGUAAAAGAGUACAGAGUAGGUCGUCACAGAGUAUAUUUAGCAAAAUAGUUCACUUGCGUAACAAGGGAGCUGGAUGAAAUAGCCAGGGGGCAAAAACAAAUUAUAGAAAUAAUAUUAAGUGAAUGUUUAUAUAUAUAGACGUGUGUGUGCUUCGAAUUUAGGCGCUUUUUGAUAACCGAAAUGGAAAUUAUUAGCUAGGUAUUCGACAAAAAAUAUGCAAUGCAAUUCAGAAACAACAACACGGCUUAAGCAGAACGUGCGUAUAUUUCAACAAAGUAUUCCGAUUAUAUUGCCAUACUACCACUAAGAUACCAGCACAGCUCCAGCUAAAACUAGAAACAUGUCGAUCGAUGGAUACACACAGACAAUACGCCCAAAUGUAUGCAAUUUGAUUGUGGAGAUAUAAUAUUUUUUAAAUGUUUAUAAGCAGAGAUUGAAGUAUUUGUAAAGCAUUGUAUUUUAAUAGACACCGAAAACAAAAGACAACAAGAAUCAAAGCAAAACUCUAGACAGCGAUACAAAUUUUUUGAAAUAUAUUUUUUUAUAUACGAAUAGGAAGAGUUGAACACUGCGAAUAUGCACGGAACAUAUAACUCUCAGAUAACCCUAGCCUAAGUUAAACCUGUAACGAACCCUUCAGUUGGAAAUUGACAGUUUACUUUCGAUGGUUUCACGACAGUUAUUUUGAGCCGUUUUUUAUGCGUAUGCCGUUCGGUUGAAGCUUAAGCAAGUAAUCCAAAGUACAAUCAUUUAUGUCAAACAGGACACCACAACCAACAAACACACCAGAAAUUGGCUGGACAAUUCUGAGCUACAGAUACAAGGGGGCACUGUCACAGAGUAAUUUUUACAGGGACAGCAUAUAAACCGAGAAUCCGCAGGAGUUUUUGCUAAGAGUUUUUUAAAUUCGUUUUACACCAGCUCCAACAUAUUGCUAGUGGACUGCAGGACUGGAAGAAGGUCCACAUACAGACAGUUCUUGAUCGCUAGAAGCGAGUGACAGAAAGAACGAUCACUAUAUCACACUGUUCAGUAGGCUUAGCGAGUCAGGUCCUCCAGUCAGCUUAGGCCCACGCACACAUCCCGCACCCCGAAUGUAACCCCUGAGGCCCCUAGGCUUAGUUUCCAACUAGAGUAAAGCUCCCCCGAUCCCCGUGUCCCCAAACCGACCACCACCACCAAGAUGUAUGCAGCUGCUGGUGGCGCCUCGCUGGCCUCCCGCCAGGCGCGCCAGCGACAGCGACAGCAGAAGAAGAACCAACAACUACAGGCGAAACUACAUCCACCGAAGGCCGCCGGGCUCGGUCUCGUGUCCGGCGAUCAUGCCGGGGCCGAGGGCGCCUCCACGCCCACCCGCGGCCAGUCGCGCCAGUUCCACCAGCUGCCGACGAACUACCUGCGGGCGCCACAGCCGCAUGGCCGCAAGCUGAGCGCCACCUACACGACGCAAUCGAAACUCCUACUGCCAAUCGACGAGGGCGACACCCAGUCGGUGCUGCAGCUGCGCAUGCACUCCCACUCGCACGCUCACGCCCACUCGCACUCCCAUGGACCCGCCCACGCCCACGCCCACGGGCAGGCCCAGGCGCCGUACCAGACGCCCUACCAACAGUUCGCCUCCUCCCACGGACGCGUCUCACCGAAGCUGGUGCACCGGCACUCCGGCACCGGCAGCACUGCCGGCUUCCAGCCGGUCUUUGCGGCCGGACAGUUGCACAAGUCCGCCACGGCAACCCUGCCGCUGCACAUGCAAAUGGAAGCGGAUGCGGAAAUAGGAGCCGGAACGGAAGCAGGAGCGGGAGCGGGAGCGACGCCAUCGGCGAUGGCCGGCGUUAAAACGACAGUGACCUCGUUGGAGUCAGCCACGCCUACGUCUCCUCCGCUGGCUAGCACAUCCGCUGCCGCUGCUGCCGCACUGGCGGCCGAGGCCGAGGCGGAGGCAGAGUUAGCUGGCGCAGCCGCCAUGUUUGUGCCCCACCAUGAUGCCAUCAUUGUAACGCCGGCCACGCCCAUGGCCUCGCCAGGUCACGUGGCCAAGCUGCGGCGCCCGGGGCCGGAGGAGCUGCUCGAGGCGUCGGCGGAGCGCCAGCCCCUGACCGCCGGUGAGGUUGACGACGAGGAGGAGCCAAUGCAUCCGCCGCCCGGACAGCUGGAGCGCAAGUGUAGUGUGUACCGCAUGCGCAGGAGUGACGCCUUUGAGCAGGACACCGGAAGCGGCCUCAAGCGGCAGCUGCGGGAGCUGCAGUUCAGCAGCGGCGGCCAGCAGACGCAGUAUGAGCCGCUGCUCGCCGACGAGCCCCAGUUGCUCUUCAAGGGAUUGGGGGCCAACGGACGGAAGCUACAGAUCUGCGCCUACUGCGAGGAGGGCAUCUGCAUGUGCGAGCAUCUCGAGUGCGCCCAGGGACGGGCCGCCUGGCUGGAGCGGGGCCGACGCUGCAGCGUCCAGGAUCAGCAGCAGCAGCAGGCCACCUGCCACCGACGCUGGGUGAAGCGCAACCGAAUACAAGACGCCUCCUUGGGCGGCUCUUCGGACGACGAGGAUUUCCUGGGCGUUCUGCGCGGUCCCAGCACCUUUGCGAACGCCUUUCUCUACGUGGGCCUGGGCACGGUGGCGCUGGGCUUGGUCAUCGCAUUCGUGGGCACCGGGGAGAAAGGCUUCAAAACCGUGGAACUAAGACUUAUAGGGCCCUCUCUCAUAGGAUUGGGUCUGAUCUGUUGCAUUUUACGCAUCCUCUUCUGCAUCUGCCCAUCGCACUGCAUCUCAUCCAGCAAGAAGACGCGGAAGAAAAACUUCAACAAAAUCGAUGCGGAUCACACCACCUCGCUGCUGAGGAACGAAAGCAAAAGAGUAUCCAUAGCGAGGGGACCCAGCAUUCAGGCCAAAUAUCCAAUAGCGCACAAACGGAGUCAGAGCAAAAUGCUCAACGAGGGAAUGGAGGCAUUACGUCAAAUUGCCACCACAUCGUUGUUUAUGCAGAAUGAGCAGAAGACUGCCAUUAAUCGCGUAGUACCGAUCAUCAAUGAGCCGGACAGCGGUGAUGCUCCACUGGAGAUGAAGAAAUUGCAGACAGCCCUCAAUGCCUGCGAGAUGAGUGACGAGGAGCAUGACCAGGAGGAUCAGCAGCAGAUUGCCAAACCUACAACAGCCACAACUGCCGUUACGAUUAGUACCACCAAAGACCCGACAUCAGCAGGAGCAGGAGCAGGAGGAGGAGCAAGUGCACCUUCGAGGGUAACGAGAGCCACCACACUGAGUACCGUUGACGAGAAGCCCGACAGCAAGCUGGUGAGGCAGCGAGUGGCCCUGCAACAGCAACGCACACAGCUGCAGCAGCAGCAACAGCAGCAGCAUCAUAUCUCCAAGUCGCAGUCGCUGUCCUCCUCUUCCACAAUCAGGGACUCGCUGGAUGGCGUCGUGGUCGAGGAGGAAACAUCCCUGAUAGAUGCCGGCAACAGUGCCACAGCGGCAUCUGCUGCAGCUCCAGCUGUGAUACCGGGCAGCUGCAGCACAGGAGCGAUACCCAGAUACCCCACGCGGACGGGUCUCUCCUCGGGAGUGCUCAAGACGACAACGACUACGACAUCGUCAUCGAUGACUACAACGACGACAACGCCCACCAUCACGGCGCGGCUGCCCACUUCGCAGUCGCACCCCAUCAGCUACGACCUGCCCCCGGCCCUGCCGCACACGUAUUCCGCAUCUGCAACCGUGCGCGGUCCGCUGGGCAUGUCCAUGAGCAGCUCCGCGUACACGAUGCCCAUCAGCAAGGUGGGUGCCACUGCCGCCAUGCCGCCCACCACCACAACGAUCAGUCUGCUGCCGCUUCCGGCGCCGCCGACGGUGGCCACCGCCACCACAAUGGCGGCGGCCAGUAUUCCCGGCCAGGUGCCGGAAACCAGCGGAGCCAAGAGUCUGAGUCUGAGCUUAAUGCAACCCAUGCCGGCGGUGCGACCAGCCACGGCGUCCGGCCUGUCCACGGCGCCGUUCAGCACACAUCUGGAGCAGAAGUCGCAUCCCUCAUCCGCCGGUUCGGCAAUGGGGCGUGGUGGCAGGCUGCAGGCACCGCCCUCGACGACAGCGCCAGCGGCGUCGUCAAGCAAACUCGAGCCUGAACUGGUGCUCAGUCCGGCUAAGCUAGGCCAAUAGGAUAAUGGGAAUUAGUUUCGAUCUUACUUACUUAGUUAGCCGCCAGGUUCCAUGUACAUGUCUAGGUUCUCUGCGCGAGUAUGUGUGUGUGCGACUGGAUGGGUGUGUGUGCCAGGUGUAUGCUAGAGUGAAAGGGUAUUACGUAGGCGUGCCCGAGGACUAUCUUUUAAAUGUGCCACUAGAAAAACUAAGAGAACUAAAAACCACGCCCGAAGUGGGUCAUGUUCUGACUACGAAAUUAGGAAUACGAUCGAUGCAUCUCCCAUAUGGAAACGAAACCAUCAAUUGGCUAACUAAAGUCCACUUUUCAGCUCAGAACAUGACUUUAUUGUUCGUUUAAAAACAAAGUUGCUUCAGUGUCUGUGUACCUGUGAAUUUCCCCUAGGCUUUACUUAUGUUUUUUUCCCCCGAUUUCCUCAAUACGCUUUUCGGAUGUUUCAUCCACUCUGCAGCUACAUACCAACUUAUGUUACUUCCUUCCGAUGGUCCGAUCUGUUCCUCAGGCUUCGCCCAAGUGCUCAGCAAAAAAUACAGCUAUCCCAAAAACAUAGCCAGGGUAUUAUAAAGUUUGUAUUCCAAACAUAUCGCUAACGAAAUACACAAACCAAUCUAACACGUAAUGUAAUAACAAGCCAAACAAGAAGAAACCUAACGCGAAGACGGCAUGCGUCCGAAUUGUCAAAAGAGCUAAACAUAAAAUCGAAAGAAUAUGGCUAAAACUAAACCAAUUAGAUAUAUAUCCAAAAAUGUAAGCGUCCGCUAGACCCAAGCAGUGUCAGACAGCUAAAUACCCAAAUAUAAAUGUACAAGUAUGCAUGGGAGUGUGUUUCAGUUUAAAUAAUUCCAAUCAUAAGUCCACAGAGUUCAAAAAGUAUUAGGCACUGGUGUCCGUGUCCUAGAAGCAAGCGUCAAAAAGGAGUUUACAAAUAAAUCCAUUACAAUAAAUGCUAAAAUGCAUGGUUCUUAUUAAUGUUUUUUUAGGGCUCGUCUAAUUUGAAGUUGAGCUGAUUUUAGCUCCUGAAAAUAAAUUUGAAAAGAGUGCAAAAUUUUAACAAUAAAAGUAUUUCUUAUUUUGAUCAAAGUCAAAUUUAUGAUAACAAUCCACAUGAUUUUGAUUCAAACAUUCAAAAGUCGAUUACAAAAUUCAAAUUUUAAAACAAAUUUAAUAAAAUUGGGAAAAUUUUAAAUAUUUUUUAAAAUAUGUAAGUGCUUGCUCCUUGAACCGGUAUGUCACGCAGAAAAUUACGACGUCUAAUAAAUAACAAGUAAAUAAAAUAAACAGAAUCCAUAAUAUUAGGUAUGGCCAUAUUACUACAAGAAAAAGAAACCGCAAAAAAGCAAAUGUAACAUCCUUAAAGCGAAACGUGUAAGAUGCAGGUACAGCAACCAAAGCAGCAGAAAGCCAUAGAAAAUGAAAAAAAACGUAAAACAAAAUUUAUGAACUAGUAUGUAUGAAUGUAUACUAUAUGUGCAGAAAU